AUGGAGGAGGUGCAAAACCUUAAUCAAGAUGAUAAUGUUGAUGCACCUAUACAACAACAACCGAAUAACAUUGCAACAUGCAGCGAGAAGAGAGUGAUCAACGGACUGAAAAGGUUUGCAAAUGUAGUUGAUGAAAAUCUUUUUGGAUAUGCAAAUUUUGUGGAAUUUGCUUUGCAUUUCCCCAAGGGUAUUGAUGUUUACUUUGAGAACGUUGGAGGAAAUAUGCUGGAUGAGGUGCUUUUGCACAUGAACCUCUAUGGUAGGAUUGCAGUUUCUGGGAUGAUCUCUCAGUACAAUUUAAAGAAACCAGAUGGUAUCCACAAUUUGUUUUGUCUUAUCUCAAAGAGAUUACGAAUGGAAGGUUUCUCUGAGUUUGACUUCCGGUACAAGGUUCCAGAGUACCUCGAGUUUGCUAUUCAGCUAAUAAGAGAGAAAAAACUACUUUUUGUAGAAGACAUUGCUGAGGGUUUAGAAAAUGCUACAUCAGCUUUUGUUGGUAUUUAUCAUGGGCGAAAUGUUGGAAAAUAG